AUGGCCGACAAUCACCACAACGACGGAAACGAUCCGCUUCGUUCUCUCUUAUCACCAUCCAGUCCACGUCUCCCCUCUUUCGCAGACGAACUUCAUCCUGCUUCACCCACCAAACUUGGUGCCGCACAGUCAUCAUCACCACCACCACCACCAUCAUCAUCAUCACCGUCCUCUGCCGCCGCUGGUAUCGGUAGAGAAUCGUCGCCCGACCCACUAUCAAGGACACGGUCUCCGAGACCAGCAGGCGCAGCAGCAGCAACUGAGAUGGUCAACGAUUAUGGCGCAGUCUCGCGCGAACGAUACGAUGCCCCCAACGACUCCUCGCAAUCCGGAGUUGGAGGGCGAGCUGGCUACCGCGCCUCAGGCCCAGGACGGAUCAACCUUCCACCUUCACCAUAUUUAGGCUCAAGUAAAGGUGACCAGCUCACACCCACUGACACCGACAUGCCUAGCCAAGCACCAGCUCGAACACGAGCACCUAGCAUGUCACUCAGCGUCACCACUUCCGCCCAGCGUAGCAGCAAUGCCAACAACCCUCGUCGCAUGUCUUUCAAGCGUCGCGCGCCUAGCGUUCAACAACGACAGAACUUGCUUCAACGUGCAUCGAUGGGCGUCUUCCCUCGCCGCAAGUACUCACUCGCAGCAAGUGACGCAGGUCCGAACGGUAAAGGUCUUGGUCCAGUCCACACUACCGGUCUAUCCUCAGGCGGUGACAACGACACAGUCGACAUCGACGCCCUCAUUGCCUCUGCGGAACCUUCGAUCCCACGCAUGCUACCGGGCGGUAAGACGGAUCCGUACUCGACACCUAUCCCUGCACUUCCCUUCAUCGUCUUGUGUCUGGUAUGCUUCGGAGAAUUCAGUUCCGCCGGUGUUGCCGGUCCAUUCUUGUUCUUUAUGAUUGAAGACUUUGGUGUGGGUGGAGAGAGUGAUGUUGGUUUCUGGGCUGGUAUGCUUUCUGCCUCCUUCUUCUUCGCUCAAUUCCUGACCUCGCUCAUGUGGGCAUCGGUGGCCGAUAAAAGGGGUAGACGAUUCGUACUCGCCAUCUCCUUACUCGGCAAUGCAGUGACAAUGAUGGCCUUCGGUACAUCCCAGAACUUGGGUACAGCCAUCUUCAUUCGUCUCGCCCAAGGCUUCUUCAACGGUGCAGUGGGUGUCGCCAAGGGUGCUAUCCGCGACAUUACCGACGAGACCAACGAAGGUAGGGCCUACGCCCAAAUGGGUUUCUGUUGGGGAAUGGGUGGUAUCAUCGGUCCUAUCUUGGGUGGCUUGCUCGAGCAUCCCGUUCAAAAGUUUCCCCGUCUAUUCGGAAAAAGUGAACUCUUCAGCAACUAUCCUUACCUGCUUCCUUGCUUAGUCGCAGCUACUUUCACCGCUGUGGGCUCCUUCUUGACGCUCUUCAUCGGACACGAUGGUGGUCCCUGCACCGGUGCAAUCCAUCUUCCCGAAAAGGGCGAUAUCGAACGAGCCGCAAACCAAGUUGGCAGUUUCGGUCGUAGUGCCGGUCAACGCAUUAGCGGCUACUUCAGUGGAGCACGUAGUGCGGCCGAAAGCGAACUCAGUCUUUCCCGUCACUUUAAUGGAGAGCAAAGUACAAGUGGAACAUCCACCCCUGAUGUGGGCAACAGCACUACGGGAGGUCCUCGCAAACUCAACCGCACUUUCACCCAACAGGUGGAUUACGAAACUGGUGGACCCCCCUCCCCUGUCCCCUCGGAAAGCGGAACGAUUAUUAUGCACAACAACACGCUUGCCAACGAUUCGGCUUUUUCUCGAACCGCAGACCUGCAUCCCCCUCGACAAAGGCUUUUCUCUCGUACCGAGGAGAGACAGCGAGGGAUUCUCGGUGUUGGAUCUGCGUAUGGUUACGAUAGACAUAUGUCUCGCUCUUCUGCUACUGCUUCUGUUACUGCUACUGCUACUGCUGCUGGACCUGCUGGAGGUCGAACACAGUCUUUCGCGCAGGCAAGAGGCGGUGCAGCAGGUCGAACCUCGUUCUCGUCCACCACCCAAUACGCACCUGACUUUGAAGAAAUUGGUACCCGAGCCGGCUUGUCUUUCGCUCAACGAUUCCUUCUCGCCCAAGACGACUCGGUCUUUACCAUUUCCGACCUUUGGGUCGCUGCAGCGAUCAACGGCGACGACGUCUACGAAGACGUUUUCGACGAUGAAGACGAUGAUCUUGACGCAGACUCUUACGAAGAAGGUUCUGUAAUCGACGACUCGCUUGCGCACGAAUCUAUCGAUGAAGAUGACGAGGAGCAAGAGCAAGAGCAAGUGGGAGAAGCAAGUACCUUAUUGGCACCGAGGCAUUUAGCACCAUUGAACUUUGCCCAGCGUAAAAUGUCUCGUGCUCGUGGCUAUUCUGAUGCUGGCAGGUCGGCUAGUAGUGCAGGAGGGGGAAGACCGAGGAGUAUGAGGAGAGCUAGUGGCAAUAGAGUUCCGAGUUUGUAUGCUAAUACGGGUAUGGAGAGUCCCUUACUUUCGCCGUAUCACAAUUUGCUCUCGCCGAGGGAGGAAGCUGUGUCUGGACCCCUGGGAGGCAAUAACAACGCACAGGGUAGUGCAUGGGAUCCUACCUUGGCUGGUAUUCCAGAAUCGCAUUCCAACAGAAACAGUCUUUCAGUGCCGCCAAAUCGACGCAACGGUUCGGUUUCUCCCAGAUCGGAUGGACGAAGAUCUGUUAUGCUUGCCUCUUCUAAUCCCAACCCUGCUGCACAGACAACAUCGUUGUUCUCCCUUCUGCCAGCGGUGAUUAUCGCACAUUACGGAUUGAUGGCGUUCCACUCGUCGACCUUUGAUCAGGUGUUUAUGGCUUUCCUCGUAACACCACCCCCCAGUGGCGGUUUGGGUCUUACGGCAUCACACUUUGCCCAACUUAUCUCCGCAAUGGCGUUUUGUCAACUUAUAUUCCAAUUCGUAUUCUAUCCUCGCGUCGGGCCCCCUACCGGUCCCCUCUCCCACCUUUCGAUGCUUCGACUGGGAACAGCGAUUUACCUACCCUGCUAUACCUUGUUCCCCCUACUCCGCAACUUCUUGCAUCCGAACACGGACGGGUUCGUGAUGGGAGGAAUGAUUCUUUUCGCUUCAAUGCGUUGGCUAGCAAACGUCUGCGCCUUCACCGCUGUAUCCGUCCUUAUAAACGCUAUGACCCCGCCCCAUCUUACCCCACUAGCAAACGGUCUGGCUCAAACAACGAGCAGCGCAGCGAGAUUUAUCGGGCCGAUAGUAGGAGGUAUGGUUUGGGCAGAAGGAAUUCAAGGUGAUUGGGAACAGAGGAGUUGGCCUUGGAACUAUAGUCUUGGGUUCUGGUUUGUUGGGAUGGCUGCGUUUAGUGGGUUUGUUGCUAGUUGGAGGAUCAGGUGA